AUGAGUGAACGCCUGCGGCUCUUGGGACGGCGAGUCACGCUUAUGGAUGUUCUUGUACAGUUCACGUCACGAGGAAGAGUACCACCAGCUGCGAUUAACACUGUACGUAGAAAAGUGGCGCAUCUGGGAACUUUGGCUUUAGAGUACAUUGGAGAUCAGGUAGCUCGAACAAAGCGCUGGUUGCGAUUGUCGGAGUCGCUUCGUGAUCCAGCGCAGCCGUCCUGCGCCGGAUCACGGGUGUGGCCCUCACAGGGCUCCACAAGUACUACGGAAACGAUAUAUGCUGAGCACGCACGCUUACGGCUGAUUCAGGACUCAAAGUUCGCAGCAUCCGGAACCACAGCGAACCGAGGCACGGCCCUGACUGGGAGCCGGCUUGCACGACUUGAGCGUACACCGACGUCGCAGGUGCGAGUGGCUUCAACGUACGUCGCACGAAACCGGCGCAACGCUCAAGUUGGUGGCCGGUGCUCUCCUCUGGCGAGGCAGGCGGAAUCAACUGGUCUGCUUUACCUGAACCCAACGGUUGCGCGGUGUCGCGUUUUAUCCGUGGACGGAGGUGCGGCGUCUCUCGUGAGCGAGGCGGGUUCAGCAGCGGAGGAGACGCUUCCAGGCACUGGCCGCCAAGUCUCUCAAGCUGAUGACUCUUCCUGUGAUUUGCGUUGUCCGGAAACACCAGCUUGUGCGGAAGAGGCGCAGCAGCGAGGACCGGGCCGAGAAGCAAAGCAUUUGGCUUCGCCGACCUCCGCUGCACCUCUCGCUCCACAGGGCGAGCGCCUCUCCUCGGAAAAUGUGCGUGAAGCCUCGGCGUGGUCGCGAGCUCCUGAGCGGAUAAGUGAGCCAGCAUCGCCAGAACUAGGCCUGCGUGGGCAUAACGAGGCGCAUGGCCCCGCUGUAUGCUCCCUCGGUGGCAACGCUUCCAAGCGAUCGACCCCGUCCAAGCCGAUCGCCCAAGAGAGUUUGUUUCCGGUUGCGGACGGUCGUCCGAUGCGUUCGAGUCGAGAGCCGGCGCUCAUCAAGACAACCGGGGAGCCGUUAUCCACGCAGUCGGCGAAAGAGGUUGCCAACGAUGAGAAGCUGGACUGGGUUGAACUCCAGCAGCGUAUUGCCAGCGAUAGCGGCCUCUAUGGCAACCGCCAUGCCCUAGGACUAGAGCGCUAUCUGAACGCAGCAGAAUUAGCCGAGGCCACCCGUCUCGGUUUACCAGGCACGAUGAGAUCCUCUGAUGGGUACCUUCAUGACGAGAUGGACUAUUUGCGUGAAUUCAAUCUGGAGGAACGCGCAGUAGAAGCGGCCGUUGCCCGUUAUCGUUCUUUCACGCAAAGUGCUCUAGAGCGCGGUGACAUCAACUCGCUGCAACCUAGCCAGCGAUUGCUUCUGAGCUGGUUCUUUCCCGUGACGAUGGCGAUCCAUCAGGAGCAGGAACGUAUUCGACGAGGCGAGCUCUCCUACGACGGUAACGUCUGCGGCCCGCAUUUGCUCCGGCUGAAGCCCGAAGUGCUGGCGGUGAUUGCACUUCACGAGACGCUGGGGAGGGUUCUGCAGGAUCGUGCUGGCGUCGCCUUUAUCCGAGUUGCAUCUGCUGUUGGCCGCUCGGUUCAAGCGGAAAUCAACUUACAGCGAUUGCGGGAGCUUCACUCUGAACAGCGGCAUCGUCAGCUUCCACAAGACCGGGCGCUGCGACGCACGCUUGCGCUAGCCUCAACGGGAAGUGGUGGCUCACGCGCUGUCGCUGCCAUCAACCUCGCUGCGAAGCGCAUGGAGCUGGACACCGCCACUUGGGAUGAUUCCGUCACGAUCAAAGUUGGCUCGGUGCUCAUAUCAUUCGUCAUGAAGCACGCGCUCAUUCAUAUCGACACGCCAACAGGGAAGCAGGCAGUCCAAGCGUUUCGGCACGGUUACCGCCCGCUGCAACGAGAGCCACGCAAGGUUGGCGUGAUUGAGUUGCACAAGUCCGUGUUGAACUUGCUCCUCGCCAACGAGAGCGACUUGCGAGAGACGAUUCUACCACGUUUCCAGCCGAUGCUUGUGCCCCCGCGACCUUGGACCGCAUACAACAGUGGCGGAUAUUUGCGCCCUCGUGGCCUCGUGAUGCGUGUACGAGGUUCCAGACUCCAGCUGGAGGCCUUGAAGAAAGGCGAUCUGUCCGAGGUCUUCGCCGGCCUGAACGCACUUGGUGCAACUCCGUGGCGGAUAAAUCGCCCGGUCCUGGACGUCGUCGAGAAACUGUGGCGCGCUGGCGGUGAUAUUGCAGGUCUUGUCGCUCGUGCAGACCUGCAGCUGCCGGCGCUUGCGGAGUCCGUCGUGGACCCUGCUCCAGAUGGCAAGGAGUCUGCCGCUUCGACAGAAUCACUUUCGCGGGAACAACGGCGAGCCAUUUGGCGAAUACGGAAGACAAACCGCGAGCGGCACGCGCUUCGUUGUGAGCUGCACUAUCGCCUAGAGACUGCCCGAGAGUUCGCCGACGUUUCCCGCUUCUACUUGCCGCAUAAUCUUGAUUUUCGUGGGCGCGCGUACCCGAUGCCGUCCCAUCUACACCACAUGAGUAGCGACGUAUGCCGCGGUCUCUUGACGUUUGCUGGACCCGGUCUCCGGGUUGGUGAGCGGGGACUUUUUUGGAUGAAGGUGCACCUGGCAAACCUCUGUGGUAUGGACAAGUUGCCUUUCGACGAGCGGGUCGCUUUCGCCGAAUCCGUCAUGCCCAAGGUACUGGCGGUUGCCGCUGCGCCGACUGCGGAUUCCAACCUAGAAUGGUGGGCGCAACAAGAAGAUCCGUUUCAGCUGCUGGCGGCAUGUUUUGAGCUUGCAGCUGCAAAGGGCGGGCUGGACCCCGACUAUCACAGCACGUUGCCGAUUCAGCAGGAUGGCUCUUGUAAUGGCCUACAACACUAUGCUGCAUUGGGACGCGACGAGCGCGGCGGCUAUCAGGUGAAUCUGCUGCCCAGCGAGCGCCCACAGGAUGUCUAUUCUGGAGUCGCUGAGCUCGUACGUGAGCGGGUGGCGCAUGACGCACGCGAAGGCGUCCCGAUCGCUCAACUGCUUCAGGGAAGAAUCAGCCGCAAAAUCGUGAAACAAACCGUGAUGACCUCUGUUUACGGAGUAACGCUCAUUGGAGCACGCGAGCAGAUCCAGAAUCGUCUCCGAGAGCUACCGGAUUUCCCGGAGGAGAAAACCUGGGAGGCCAGCUUCUACCUGGCUAAGCAAACGCUUGGCUCUCUGGGCGAUAUCUUUCGCGGCGCGACGGAUACCAUGGAAUGGCUCGCGGAGUGUGCGCUCCGUGUGGCGACCUCUAAGGAGCGAACCAACGCUGUCCGUUGGAUAACGCCACUCGGGCUGCCGGUCAUCCAGCCUUACCGAAGACGGGAAGCGCGUCUCGUGAACACUGUUGUCCAGCACGUGCUGCUCGAGGCGCAGAAUGACCACUUACCGGUGAGUCGCGCUCGACAGCGAAGCGCGUUCCCUCCGAAUUAUAUCCACUCACUGGACUCGACGCACAUGCUGAUGACGGCGCUGGCCUGCCGACGCGCUGGUCUGCAGUUUGCGGCAGUGCACGAUUCGUUUUGGACACAUGCAGCCACGGUCGAUGAGAUGAACCGCCUGCUUCGCGAAUGCUUCGUUAGGCUUCAUGCCCGCGAUCUUCUGCAGGAGCUUCGCGAACAAUUUCAGCUUCGUUUUCCGGACGUUGAACUCCCACCGGUACCUCCGAAGGGUACACUGGACCUGAACCAGGUCCUGCUGUCGCCAUACUUUUUCGAUUAA